UCUACACAUGAGCAUCGUCCAUUCAUCGUCAUUUCGAAUUCCCCACACCCAAAAAAAAAACAAAGUAAAAAUUCGGACAUCUCGCUGUAGCAGAUUUCCAGUAGUAGUCCCUCUUUUACUUCUCAGAUCUAAAUCGCCAUUGUUAUACCUUCAACUUGGAGAGAGAAACUCAAACACCAUUUUCAAUCACACUCACCACCAUUUUCUCUCCCCUCCAUUUUCAUCCACCUUCAGACUUCUUCAAUUCAAUCAACAACAAUCUCCACCAUUUCCCCAAUUUAAUUGCAAAGAUCCACAGUUCUACCACCUCUAAAUUCCGUAAUCAAUGCUGCCGAUUUUCUAGGGUUUAUGCAAUUUGAUCGAAAUCACAGUAGAAGACGCUGAGUUUUCCGAUCGAUUGAUUGGUAAUGGAGUCGCGACCUUCUGUUUCGGGAAGGUUUACUCUCGAAUCAGCAACAGCGAGUACUUCAUCAUCAUCAUCUUCACCAUCAAGAGAGAAUUGUAUCUCAAGAACAAGCUCGAAUUCUUCUCUUUCAAGUAAGGCGAUUUUUGAGCAUAAUUUGUCUUCAAUUCUUAAUAAUCCUCACUCUAGUGAUGCUUCUUCUUGGCUUGGAUGGUGGUCUUCGCCGACAUCGGUGAUUUUGCCUGAAUUUGCCCCAAUUAAUACUUCAAAACCUGGGUUAGAUGCUAAUAAAUCUGAUUUUCAACCGUAUUUGAAUUCGAUCUCGGAGCAUUAUGGUCGAUUCGAGGAUAUUCGUAAUCAUAGUAGUAAGGAGAAUGUUGAUAUAGUUGAGAAUAUUGGAGGGCAGGGAGAAUUGUUGGUUGCUUGUUUGAGAGAAGUGCCUGCAUUGUACUUUAAGGAGGAUUUUGAGCUUGAGGAUGGGGGGACUUUUCGGGCUGCUUGCCCGUUUUCGACGAUGAAUGAGAAUUUGGUGCUGCAGGAAAGGUUGUCUCAGUAUUUGGAUGUGGUGGAGAUGCAUUUGGUGAAGGAGAUCUCGUUGCGGUCGAAUUCGUUCUUUGAGGCUCAGCAGCAGCUGGGGGAUUUGAAUGUGAAGAUUGUGGAAGGGUGUAAAAGGAUUAGGGAAUUGAAGGAGACCAUCAGGUUGCUAGAUGCUGAUGUUGUUGGGUCGGCGAGGGAGAUUCAAGAGUUUAGUUCAAUGAGGGGCAACUUGUUAGAGCUUCAGCAGAAACUGAGGCUUAUAUUAUAUGUUGAUCAAGCUCUUGGUGCUCUUAAACUGCUUGUUGCAUCUGCCGAUUGUGCUGGAGCAUUGGAUGUUGCUGAUGAUUUGCGGCAAUUAUUGGAUGGGGAUGAGUUGACAGGUUUGCAUUGCUUUCGUCAUCUGCGGGACCAUGUUGCUGCAUCAAUGGACUCCAUAUACAGCAUUCUUUCAGCAGAAUUCAUGCGCGCAUCUUUGCAUGAUGCCGGGGAUUUGGAUGCUAUAAUUGUAUCGGCAGCAAAAGAAAGAGCUUCUAUACCCAGUAAUGGAAGGCUUGAUGAUGUUAAGCUAGAUGAAGAAGAAACUUCUAAUUUCCGAGAUCUUGUUUUACCUAUUGUGAUUGGACUGCUUAGAACGGCAAAACUACCAUCUGUCCUGAGAAUGUAUCGUGAUACACUUACUGCUGAUAUGAAGACAGCUAUCAAGAAUGCUGUGGCAGAGCUGCUACCAGUUCUGAUUGCUCGGUCUCAAGAGUCAGAUUUCUCGACUGGAGAGAAGACUGGUGAUGCAGAUGGUGGAGGCUCGUCUCUUGCGAGCAGGUUAAGGAGCCUGUCAUCUGAAAGCUUUGUUGAGCUAUUAGCUGCUGUUUUCAAGAUUGUCCUGGCACAUCUAGUUCGGGCUGCUGAAGUUAAAAAGUCCAUUGAGUGGAUCAUGUCUAAUUUGGAUGGUCACUAUGCAUCUGAGUCAGUUGCUGCUGCUAUUGCACAUGGUGCUGCAGCUUCAGAAGCUGCGCAAGAUGAUAGUGAUAAUCAAAAUCAAGUCAAUCACACAAUUGCAUAUUCUUCUCAAAGAAAUGCUACCAAGGCUCCUUCAUUACAAGGGAAGGCUACUGAACUGACAAGUACAUCUAAUGUAUCCAAAAAUUUCAGAGCUGAUGUGUUGCGAGAAAAUGCUGAAGCUGUCUUUGCAGCUUGUGAUGCUGCCCAUGGAAGGUGGGCGAAACUCCUAGGUGUUCGUGCUCUUCUUCAUCCCAAGUUGCGUUUGCCGGAAUUUCUUAGUAUAUACAGCAUCACCCAAGAUUUUAUAAAUGCUACAGAAAAGAUUGGUGGAAGGUUGGGAUAUAGUAUACGGGGUACAUUGCAGUCACAAGCAAAAGCCUUUGUUGAUUUUCAGCAUGAGUCUCGUGUGUCAAAAAUUAAGGCGGUGUUGGAUCAAGAAACAUGGUCAGAAGUUGACGUUCCUGAUGAGUUUCAGGCCAUUGUUGCUUCGAUGCAUGGUUCAGAUUCUUUAAUUACUGAGAACUUUGGUGACGAUCAGGGCAGUUCAAUAGUUUCAAGCAAUGGUGUGUCAACUGUGGUUGACGAAUCCAAUGCUGAGCAUCAUAUAGAGCGAACUGAUUCGAACAAUGUUUCCGAUGAUGCGUCCAUUCAAGAGAAAUCUCAGCAUUUAGGCGAGGCCAAUGAUGCAAGUAAAGCUGAUGCUGGUACUUCAGCCCUCAGCAAAAUUAGCAAUACAAAGGACCGUGGGAAAUCAACUUCUCAAACAUUAAUGUACAGGGGCGUUGGAUAUCACAUGGUUAACUGUGGCUUAAUAUUACUGAAGAUGCUGUCAGAGUAUAUUGAUAUGAAUGAUAGUUUGCCGUCACUUUCAUCAGAAAUAGUUCACCGCGUUGUAGAAAUUUUGAAGUUUUUUAAUACAAGGACCUGCCAGCUGGUUCUUGGCGCUGGUGCUAUGCAGGUGUCUGGUUUGAAAUCAAUCACUUCCAAACAUUUGGCUUUGGCAAGUCAAGUCAUCAGUUUUACAUAUGCUAUUAUUCCAGAUAUCAAGCAGGUUCUUUUUCUCAAUGUACCAGAGACCAGAAAACCACUGUUAAAGUCAGAGAUCGAUCGGGUGGCACAGGAUUAUAAGGUCCAUCGGGAUGAAAUACAUACAAAGCUGGUUCAGAUUAUGAGGGAGAGGUUGUUAGUUCAUUUACGAGGAUUACCUCAUAUUGUUGAGAGUUGGAAUAAACCUGAUGAUGGUGACACACAGCCUAGUCAAUUUGCAAAAUCAUUAACGAAGGAGGUUGGCUAUCUUCAACGUGUCUUGUCUCGUAUGCUUCAUGAGGCAGAUGUCCAAGCGAUUUUCAGGCAAGUGGUCAUAAUAUUUCAUUCACAAAUUUCCGAAGCAUUUUCCCGCUUGGAGAUCAGCACUCCACAAGCAAAGUCGAGACUCUAUCGGGACGUCCAACAUAUUCUAGGGUGUAUACGCUCACUUCCUACUGAUAUUGCUAGCAAGUCAGGUGUUGCAAAUUGGGGGCACCUUGAUGAAUUCUUGGCCCAAAGAUUUGAUAAUGAAGGUGAUCAGUAGACUUGCUUUUGUACGUUUUUUUCUUUUCUCCGCCGAAGGCAUCAUUGCAGAUUGAAAAAUCCACUGUUCAGCUAUGCUAUCAUCCUCUGCUUUUGAAUCUAGCUGUAGAAAGGUAUAUGAGGUACAAUUCUUUGGAUUCUUAUUUUUCACGGAGAUUUCACAACCAGGAUUUUUUUGUAUACUAUAUACAACAAACCUAAUGGGUAGCAUCCUUAAGACUUUGUUCCCCUGAAACAAAUUUUCCGAUUUUCCCCUAAUUUAAUUUAGUAGAGGCAGGGAACAAAGAAUAGUGUAACAGUUUUGUGUCUCCACUCCCCAUCCUCUUUCUUUUUGUUUUCUUUUUAGGUUUUGGUUGCUGUUUUUUCGGUAACCAUGUUCAUAUGAGGUUAUUGUAUGAGUAUCAACAGCAUUGCAUAUAUGUUUCACAAUUCUAAAGAGAAUGAAAAUUAUUUUCUUAUUGUUUUUCUUCAUGAAAGAAGUCAAAUUGUGGUCAAGUUGAUAUGUAAAAAUUUAGAUCAGAAACGUUGUCACGCACAAAUGUGUGAAGGUGCUCAUAAAAUUCUCUGCAAUUUAUUCCAGUUUAAAGUUUAAACAAA